AUGAUGAUGACGUGCCGUCUGCUGUGCGCCCUGUUGGUGCUUGCCCUGUGCUGCUGCCCGUCCGUGUGCGGGGCAGAGCCUGAGCCUGAAGCUGCCGCUUCUUCCAAAGCGACCACAACACCGACAUCAAUUAAUCCUGGAGCUAAUAGAAGCGUUACCAGUCAAUCGACCCCUGCAACAGGAACACCACCUGUUCCCGGUCAGUCAGAUCCUUCAACAACAGGGUCCGUUGCAAGUCCGGGAGAUGAUGGCGGAGAGGGAUCAGGAUCUACCAGUACGGAAGAUCUGGGACCAAAUGGAGUGCCCAAUAAGUUACAGGCAGAUGAUAAUAAGGAUACGACAGGUCCACCCAGUGACAAUGGACUAUCCGAGGAACGGGCAAAUAGUGAGUCUGAAACUUCUACCGAGGAGACCACUACGACCACGACAAAGGCGCCAACCACGACCACCACCACUACAACACAGGCACCAAGUACUACGACUACAGAGGCGCCAGCCACUACGACGACCACCCGCGCACCGUCACGUCUUCGCGAAAUGGACGGCAGCCUCAGCAGCUCUGCGUGGGUGUGUGCCCCGCUGCUGCUCGCCGCAUCCGCGCUGGCGUACACCGCUCUGGGCUGA